GAAGGUUCUGGAGAAAUCGAGCGAGCACCAACCUGCCCGCCCCAACCCUAGACGCCGUCGACCGCCGCCGUCCCCGACGUCGCCGCCGCCGCCGUCCACGACCUCCGCGAGGGAUGGCUCUUGGGCGGCUUGCCUCCAGGGUGCGCGGCUCGGCUCUGCAGGUGCGGGCUGCGGCUCCCCGCGCCUCGCCGCCGGCACCCUGCCCAUGCGUUCGUCCGAUGACCUACAGCAGCAAGCCCGUGCAGGGUGAGCAGCAGGGCAAGGGACCUUCAAGGCCAAUUGACCUCCUGCGUGAGUCCAAAUGGAGGAAUGCCAAGGACGAUGGCGCUGGCAUCCAUACCUCUGCUCCGCGUGUGCCUCAACCUGCGCCCCGCACAACCCCACUGGCCGGUGGUCAGCCCGUGUCCUGCAGGAGCAUAUCAUCGGAGGUCAGUUCUUUGCUCCCUUCCUCCCUCACUGAUGCGUAGAGGCAGUCCUCGCCUCUUUACAGGAGUGCUUUAGUCCCUGUCGGAUUUGUACUGGUCGCAUCUAGUUAGUCCCUGGAGACUGGAGUGUUGUAGUGAUUGCCAUGUUAGUCGACUUGAUUUCCUUUCUCUGA